AUGGAGCAAUUAUUAGCCUAUUUAGAAUCAUCCUCCUCCUCCUCUCAAUUUAAGGAAAAGAAUGAAAUGAAUGUUCAUUCUACAACAACAACUGAAAGGAAUGUUCAUUAUGAGAAUAACGAUAAUGAUGAAUGGUCAUUGGUGAAUGAUUCUUCUCCUCAAUCAGAGAAAGAAGGUCCCACCACACUCUCCGACCAACAUCUCGUUUCGUAUUUACAUGAAUUAAACAGCGUGCACAAGAAAAAUAGAGCUCAAGAUGAAAAGCCUUUAUCGGAAUGGAACGAAUUGGACGUGAUGAUCUUUCUCGCCGUGCAUGAGGUUCCGCAAACAGUGAUUGAACAGUUUAAAGAAUACAAUGGAAAGAAAAUCAUGAUGAAAUUAAUGGACAGUUCUGUAGAUAUGACGAUGGAAACGGUAGAACAUCAUCAUGAUGAUGAAACCAACGAAAAUUUGAAAUUAAUUUUGGAAUUAAUUCGGAAACAUGUUCAAAACAUUCUUUAA